AUGAAGCUCACUUUGCUCGUCAUGCACGUGCUGUCUUGCUGGCUGACCUUUGUUGCGCAUGCACUUGCUGCAGGGCGCCAGCCAGGCACUAGGUCCCCCUGGGAAUCGCCGCCGCUUUCGCCUACGUCGUGGGACCACAACACGAAAGACCAUCGCCAUGUCGUAGCUGGUCAUACUGGUACCAAAGAUAGUCUUGUUUCAACUCAAGAACCCCUCUCGCCGGGUACUCGCUCCUUCAUUGAAGAAACUGGCAUGAGGCAUAAUGCCCCGAAUGUGGAAACGCUGGUCCAGUGGAACGAACAAUAUAAGUGGCCAGCUCAACACUACGACCCGUACUCGCACCUUCUGCCACUGUCAGAAGAUGAGGAUGCUCAGCACACGACAUCAUAUCAACCUUCGCGCGUUCAAGAUAGCGAUCCCGAGUCGCAGCACUAUUGGCCAGGCCAUCCACCUUCGUUCUAUGAUCCCUGGUCAGGCCAUCGCUCAGACCAGCAUACUUCCAAUGCUCGGUGGCACUACACGGAUGAUGACAUGAAGAUACCUCCAGUACCACAGCAAUUUCCACCUGAGAGCUCGUCGUCUACUUCUUGGAUUCCUUUCGCCGUCGAUAAUCCGUUCGGGCCACUUGAAAAGCGCGAGCCCAUAGCAAGCAUCAAAGAAGAGUACAGAUUGGUCUCUGAGUGGGCUAACAAGGAGAGGGACAAGCUCGCUGCGAACCGGAAAACUUCAGACAUCAACUAUAUGAGGAGGGAUGAGAGUUCGCAAAAAGUGAUGAUCUCUCCGGAGACAGGGACGUGA